AUGAGUCAAAACCGAACGUCUUUGUAUUACCAAAAAGCCAAAGAUAUUUUGCAAUUUGAUUUGCGUGGUUGUCUGGAAAAUUGUACAAAGCAAAGAUGGAGCGAGUAUCAGCAAGAACUAUUUGGUUCCGAUUUGGCUAAUGAUGAUGAUGAAAAAAGAAUUGAAAAAUAUGUGGAAGAUCAAUAUUCCAAUGAUUGUGGAUUGGCUAAACAAUGGAUCAAGAAUGAUCUAAAACAAAAACGAAAGAAAUUGAGAGAUUCCACUUGUCGUAAUGAUCAGAACGAACUUGAUCUGUCGUGGCUCUCCAAAUUGGAUGAAAAUGUAAAAUUUGAUAUUUUAGAAUUCAUUCCAACCUAUUCCAAGUGGAACGUCUUCAAAGAAGAUCAUGUCUAUCAAAUCUAUCUCAGAAAUAUUAAAUUUCCAAAACGUGAACGACCAGAAAACAAUCCACAUGAAUAUUUUAUGGAUAUUCCGUUCAUCACAUUCCACAAAAUGCGUCUCAUUUGCAAACGAUUCAAUACAAGAAUGAUGAGAAGAAUUUUACAAACCACAGAACUGACACUAUUUGAACUGAGCAACACUACUUUACCCUAUUUUGCAACCUUUUUAAGAAUGCAACGACUUUUCAAAGAGAAUAAUGACAAACUACCCACUGAUAGCAUUUACUUGUAUCAAGACGUGAAUAUGCUUAGCUGUUACAACCACAAUCGUAACUUGAAAAAAGAUCUUGUUCUAGAACUUAAACACGAAAGUGAGCAAGAGAAAACUCAAAGUUUAAGUAAUAAUUCUCAGCAACAAUGGUCACUUCAAAUGAUUCCUCCAACAACUUCCAAAACCCAAUCAACAGGUUUUGUUUUCCCAUCAACACCCUUUUCAUUUCAAAUUUCCAAAAGUGAGUCCAAUAAUUACUUGACCAAUGUUGUGAAGGAUCUGACCUCUCCACAAAACGGACUUUUUACACCACUGCAAGCUGACAAUGUGCCUAAGCAGUCUUUUUGGUCGAACUUUCGGAAUCCAGCAGAAAUCAAAGCUCCGAAAAAGCCUUCUCCACAGGUCGAUGGUUUUGAGCAUCAGACUCACACUCCAAUUAAGGAACAAGAUCUCAUGGAACCUGCUUAUGAAAUUAAGCCACACAAGGAUCUAUCGUAUUUGGUCGAAUGUUCUUCAAAUUCCUCUUUUGAUUUUGACCCCUUCUCUGAUUCUAGAAAACAAUCACUUACCAAACCAAGUACAAACGACUCCUCUACAGACUCGGUUUCUAUUUCAGAUUUUGUAUGCACAUCAUUUAUUGGAAAUAAUACGACAGUUACAAGUAUAUUAUUAUACGCGACAGUUGCAGAAGUCCCGCCUACACUAUUUACUUGUUUAAAAUCUUUACAGAAAGCCGUUAUAUGGACUUGUAAAGGUCGUGUCCUUUUAUCCAGUCCUUCUGUGAAAGAAGUGGUUAUGAUCAAUUCCAUGUCAAAUAUUGACGAUCUCCAAGAAGAUUUUCCAAAUGUCACAACUUUCACAUGCUACAACUUCAAACCAGUGGACACUACUUCUAGCAGAUUGCAGAGAUUUGCCAAUAUUAUUUCAUCCAAAAGAAUUAGCCAACUUUUUGAUUUUUUCCAAACUCUCGAUUCAAGAAUUUCCAUGAAAUUAAUGAACAUUAUUGGCACUACAGUAGCGGACGCUAUUGUAAUUUCAGAAAAACCUCAAGGGCGAUUGAGUUUAUACGUAUUUAUUGAACACCUUGUCAAAGAAAGGGGAGCUGAGUGUGCAAUGGAGUUCAUGACAUUUUUAUUGAAAGACCUGCAUUUUCCAAGCGAAUUGUUAGGAAUGUUUUUCCUAUCAGCGUUGCAAGUAGUUAACUCAAGAGAGCUGCAAUGUGUGACACAAUUUACAGUUUAUUUAUGCAAUGAAUAUCGAGACGGAAUAUUGUUACAACUACCUAUCGAACGACAAACUUUCGGAAGGGAAGUAGAACCCGCAUUUUUGCUCUUAAUAAGUUAUGGAUGGAAUUGGUGGGCCCAAAACGAGUGUAUUUAUCUUUGUAUUUCAUUUUUCAAAGACAAGAGACAAGAACGAUGUGUGGAAUAUUUAUUGGAACAUGAUUACUUACGUUGUUGGGAUAUAGAUCAUUUUUAUUCACUCAUGUUGCAUUGUAUUGCGGUACAACAACCAUUGAUUACCGUCCCCAUUCUUUCCUAUUUGUUGAUGCAUCGGGAAGAGUUACUCAUGAAUCUAUUGUGCAUGCGUGUGAAAUGUGAACGACGACAGGAAUCGUUUGUUAAUUCACAAAAAACCACAACAUUACAUGUGCCAAUGCUUGGAUUGUUGUUCCGAAUCCGAGUGUAUGGUGGAUUGGUACUGCAACGAGCUGUUGAAAGAAUGCCUCCUGAGCAAUUUGAACAACUGGGAGUGACUGAACGAGGUGAUACUAUUUUGCAUAUCUUGUUGCAUAGUAUGAGGGAAAGUCAAGUUAUUGUCGUUGAUUCGAAAAAACCCCAAAUGGUUGCAUGUUGA